AUGGGAUUUUUCGCGGAAGCUGACCCUGUUCAGAUUUUUGGGUCCAAACAUGUUAAGAUCCAGAAAGAAUGUGAAGUGAGACUACAGAUUAUUGGCACCAGAGUCGAUGCCACUGAAAUCGUACGCACCAUUCUCCAUGACUCUAAAUCCACAAUGCAACAACUUAUAUUUUGUGUGGGCACCAUUGUUUACGAUUUUUUGGGAGUCAUAAACGAUCCUGCAGCCGCUGCAUAA